AUGGUUCAACCAGUGGAGGAACACCACUUCAACCAGGCCAACCGAUAUCCGCAAUAUCCUGGACAACCGGGAAUCCCACUAGAACCAGGAUACCCAGGAGCGCCUGGAACUCCGGGAACACCUGGCACACCUGGACGACCCGGACAUCCUGGAAAACCCGGACGACCCGGACAUCCUGGAAAACCUGGAAAACCUGGAACGCCUUCGAAACCAGGAUAUCCUGGAACACCAGGUACCCCUGGAUCACCUGGUACACCACCGCAGCCAGGUUAUCCGGGAACUCCGGGAUACCCUGGAACUCCUGGAACUCCAGGAACACCUGGACAUCCUGGAACACCACCUCAACCUGGUUACCCUGGGACACCUGGAACUCCCGGAACGCCAGGAAGGCCACCGCAACCUGGUUACCCUGGAACACCUGGGACGCCUGGUACUCCUGGAACACCACCUCAACCAGGAUACCCUGGAACACCUGGAAUUCCUGGUACGCCUGGUCAUCCCGGAACACCUCCGCAACCUGGUUACCCCGGCACACCUGGCACGCCUGGAACUCCUGGAACGCCACCUCAACCUGGUUACCCUGGCACACCUGGCACGCCUGGAACUCCUGGAACGCCACCUCAACCUAGUUACCCUGGGACUCCCGGAACACCUGGACAUCCUGGAACACCAGGAACGCCACUACAACCUGGUUACCCUGGAACACCAGGAACUCCUGGUACACCUGGACAUCCUGGAACGCCAGGAACGCCACCACAACCAGGAACGCCACUACAACCUGGUUACCCUGGGAUACCUGGAACUCCCGGAACGCCUGGACAUCCUGGAACACCAGGAACACCACCACAACCUGGUUACCCUGGAACUCCCGGACAUCCAGGAUCUCCAGGAACGCCAGGAAGACCGCCUCAACCAGGAUACCCUGGUACUCCCGGGCAACCUGGACAUCCAGAAAUACCAGGAACACCGUCUCAACCUGGAUACCCUGGAACGCCCGGAGUCCCGGGUAUACCCGGAACACCUGGGCGGCCAGGCAAGCCUGGAAAACCAGGUCAUCCUGGAAAGCCUGGUAAACCGGGAACACCUGGAACGCCGCCGCAACCUGGAUAUCCUGGAGCCCCAGGUCAACCUGGACUGCCUGGUAUACCUGGAACGCCUGGAACGCCACCGCAACCUGGAUAUCCUGGAACUCCGGGUCAACCUGGUAUACCUGGAACGCCUGGAACACCUGAAAAACCGGGUAAACCUGGUAGACCAGGUAAGCCUGGCAAACCCGGCAAACCUGGUAAACCAUGUAAACAUGGCAAACCAGGCCACCAUGGUACUUGCGAUACACCCGGGAGCCAACCACCUCCAUUAGAACCUACAUAUCCUGGAACUCCAGGUGUCGAAGGUCCGCCAGGUACACCUGGACUUCCACCGUAUCCCCCUCAUCCGGGAUAUCCUGGGACACCCGGAAUUCCUCCUUAUCCGCCACAAACAGGUUACCCCGGGACACCAGGCAGUCCUGGAUCUUCUGGUAGCCCUGGCACACCUGGAUAUCCCGGCACACCCGGCCAUCCUGGCACUCCAGGAACACCUGGAACGCCCGGUAUACCGCCACAACCUGGAUACCCUGGUACACCUGGAACACCCGGAACACCCGGAAUACCAGCACAGCCUGGAUACCCCGGUACACCUGGUACUCCAGGACAUCCUGGUACGCCUGGGAGACCUCCACAACCUGGAUACCCUGGGACUCCUGGAACACCCGGUCAUCCUGGAACUCCUGGAAUACCGCCACAACCUGGAUACCCUGGCACACCUGGUACUCCAGGACAUCCAGGAACUCCUGGAACACCUGGAAGACCUCCACAACCUGGAUACCCUGGUACACCUGGAACACCUGGAACUCCCGGAACACCGGCACAGCCUGGAUACCCUGGUACACCUGGAACUCCAGGAUAUCCUGGAACACCUGGAAGACCUCCACAGCCUGGAUACCCUGGAAUACCAGGAACACCGCCUCAACCUGGGUACCCUGGAACUCCUGGAGUCCCAGGUACACCCGGAAUACCUGGACGGCCAGGCAAGCCUGGAAAACCAGGUCAUCCUGGAAAACCAGGUCAUCCUGGAACACCUGGAACACCGGCACAGCCUGGAUACCCUGGUACACCUGGAACUCCAGGACAUCCAGGACAUCCUGGAACUCCUGGAACUCCUGGAACGCCACUAGAACCUGGCCAUCCUGGAACUUCAAAACCAGAUCACGGACAAUAUCCUACGUAUCCUGGAUAUCCCACUGGACCACCAGGUCCAGUUGGCGGUGUUGGACCCGAUGGUCCGAAUGGUCCAUGGCCUAAUGGUCCCGAUGGGCCGCAAGGUCCAGGUGGUCCAGGUGGUCCCGGAGGUCCAGGCGGUCCAGAGGGGCCAGAAGGGCCAGUGGGUGGAGUUGGAGGAGUAGGUGGCGAAGGAGGUGUUGGGCCUGAUGGACCAGAUGGUCCAUGGCCGACCGGUUCACCUGGACCUGACGGACCAUGGCCUGGUGAUCCAGACUACGUACCUGGAGUAGCACCAACUGCGCGACCUCGAUAUGAAGGACCAAUUAAGCUUCAAUAUCCUUUGAGAUAUCCCGAAUCCUCAACACCAGCUACGUUCAAUGAACCCUUCUACGGUGACUUUGGACAGAAACAAGUAGAACGAUUAACGUCCAGUUCCAAGUUCAGUUCAGAUUUCAGAAGAAAUGGCACAUUAGGUGGAAAUUACGAGAAGAACGUUGAGUCUACUGAUUUUGGGUAUCCAACCAAAACAAGUGGUCCGUUCGGUUUGAAAGAAAACCAAUACCAAGGUUCCUCGGAAAGACAGGGAUAUAGCCAAAAGCAACUAAAUCAGAAUGCAGAUGCAAUUAAUUCUUUGCUACAGAAGCAACGAAAGGAGUCUCGAAAGUAUACCGAAGAAGAAGGCGCAGACAUAUACGCUGGCGUUACGAAACUUGCGCCGCCUGGAGUCCCUCAAACCGUGUACAACGAGGUAAAGAAAACAUCGAGCAAGUAUACUGGUCAAGAGCAGGUCGAGCAAACCAGCCGUGGGCAUCGUAAAUUUUCCCAACAGGUUACAAAAGUGAGUCAACCUAUUCAAAACAAUCCAAUUAUCGAGUUAGAAACAUCCAACGACGCGUAUCAAAAUACUGACGGAAAGGCCAACGUAAGGUUUCAGUCAUCCAGCGGAAGUAGAGCGGCAUUCAUCAAACAGGUAAACGAUUUGUCUGAGACAUUAGAGCCGAAUCCAGAUAUCGCUGCUAUUGGGGUUCAACCACCAAGCCCGAACAUCAAGCCCUACAAAGAGUCAAUAGGGCCAGAUCCAAAAACCUGUCCUUGCUAUCUGCUCGAGCCUGGUAAUGAUACCGCCACUACCACGAGCACGACAUCCGUUCCUCUAAUUGGUCAGCUUGGCUUCAUUCCCGUGGUGUUUGUACCAUACUGUCCGGGCGACGAAACGGACGGCCAAUACAUGAAAGACAUGUUCCCCUCCGCAAUGCCCGUUCCGUAUACAUGCAAUGCAUGUGGCGCGCAAAACGGACGAAUCGAAACGAAGCUUCUCAGCCUGAAUCAGCUUGGCAACAUCGAGAACCUAAGGGAGGCGUUACGUCAAGCGAAACUUGGCUUUUUGAAUGUUUCAGCCCGGAGUCGAACCGAGAGGCGACGAACCAAGACCCGGAACGUCAAGUGAAGAAUGUAAUUGUAACGAACGGUCGUCGAGCCAAGACUCGACCGUCAGGAAAAUUUCUGGUUUACAGGGAGGAAGUCCGUAAUGACGAUAAACUGGCCGUCUAUCAGCUGCUGGACAGCUGACGGAUGGCCAACUUGAACACGAUCGAAAAACAGAGACGUCGUCUUGUUGGAUAACUAUCGGAUAAUCUAUCCAUUCGCACACUGACGUGAAAGGUGCGUGUUCCAUUAAGUAAGAUUCGUGGAAUUCGCUUAGGACGAUCGACUACGGUUAUUCGGUGGUAGCGUACCAACAAGCGUAAGGGUUUUUCCUUAUUUUUCUUUCCUUGAUGAAACUUUAACUGUUUACAAACGGACCUGGCAAGGUAUAGCGUAUUUUGCUAUUUUCUUCCUGUUGAUGGUGAGAGGCUAUAAUUUUUUUGUGGGUGGUUCUAUAAAGCGUGAUUUCGAUGCUAGAAUUUACUCGAUGAUGCAUUUUUCGAGACUGAAAUAAUUUCUUUUAUUUAAACAUUUCAUCCGUUAAGAAGGAAUCCCUAGGAUGAAUUUAAUGUCACAAAUAUCUACUUACACGUUUGCAUUUAAAAGAGGUAACAAAGUUCGCUUGGCUGAGGAAAAUUACCACGAGUAAAUGAAAAUGCGGUUUCCACGUUAUGUACAACCACCUCCAAAUAAUGUUGUAUCUUUGCAACAUCGUCAGGAAAAACUUGAAACGAUAUCGCGCACGACAAUACGAUAAUAAAAUAAGUUUUCAAUGAAUUAUUUAUACGAUCUAAAUCUAAUUUUAAUUUAAUUCGCGUAAAUGAUUAACUUCUCGUCUUUUUGAACACAUUGCAAUUUAUGUGUCACCGUGUUUCGCUAGCGAAGGUGAAGAAAAAAUAGAUCGCAAUUUCCAUCGUUAUUGUUACAGUAGCUAGACGACGACUAAUACUUUUGCUCGCUUCGAAUUAAGAAGACGAAUAAGCAGUUGCAACGCCAUAGUGACUACAAAAGUUAUUGCAUGGAAAAGAGAUAACUCUAUUUUCGAAAAAUUUGUCGUUAUUGUUGCACGCGUUUUGUGAAAUAACUUGUUUCAAGGAAUUUUCGUACAGGUAUUAACAAGAUCUAGACUGUCUCGUAACGUUUUUUCUUAUUGGGUAUUACGUUGGAACGGAAAUCUAAAUUAAUUAUUUCGUUAUCCUCAGCUGAUAUUUAAUUUCAAGAGUACUGCUUCGUUUCGCUCGAUGUUGGUCUAAUUGCGUAUCAUGAUAACGUAUCCUGCGCACUCCGGUUGCAAAUUUUUCAAUUUAAGUUAUGAAAACAUCGUGAGAAAUGAAGACAUAUGCUACGUCGUCAUUUUGUAUGCUUGAGAUUAGAUAUUGAUCGUACAAAUGCUAAUACGUACUUUAAUUCUUAUUGAGCGCGUACAGAGCGGUUGUCGCGUUUAGGUCACUUUCGGAUAUGGAAUCGUGUAGCAUAGGACGAAAGACUCGUGACAUAUUUUACAUAAAUCAUGCGAAAUGUAGUCCUUUUUAGCCGGACAUUAUUUUAUCGAAACGGCAUUCGACGAUUUAUGUAUGGUACUGAACACAACAGUCCGUGCGAAACUGUACGUGCUCGACACGUGUUUGGAAUAACAGAACGAUUAUAUUUGUACAUCGGAUAUAAGCUAAGUAACAUGUAUCUUCUUCUAUUAGCAUAGGGAUCGAUACAUUUUCAAUAAAUUAUACAUAAUUGUACAUAUUAAUAUUGCGUUCAUCCAAUGUUCCUUUACGAGCAUGAAUCAUGUAUUUUUAUUAAAUAAAACUAAUCACGAAAUACGCAGUU